AUGACCAACGAUGAUUUAAUUUCAAAUUCGAAUGAUGAUACAAAAACAAUAGAAAAGCCGACACAAUCAAUUCUUGCAUCACAACAACGACAUAUGAAUACAUCGAGUGAAUCAGUACGUCGGCAUGUUCGAAUUAUUACAGAAGGAGAAAAUAUGGAUAUGGGUAAAUGGUUAUCUAUAUUAAACAAACUUUAUGAUGAUCGAACUUAUUCACCAUCACAACGUGUAAUUUAUACAGUUUCAUUAUUAAAUGAAGAACAAAAAUUAUGGUACGAACAAAACAAGGAUGAAAUUAAAGAUGAUUGGGCACUUUUUUGUGAACGAUUAGAACAAUAUAUACACAGUUAUAAACCAGCAGGAACAAAUCUCUUACUCAAUGAUACUUCAGUAUUGAACAAUACUACAGUAGUUAUACUAGAAGAUCUUAUUGAUUCAAAAUUUAAUAAAUAUUCAGGUGUUGGUGAUGCAAAAGAUUGGUUGUUACAAACAAUGAAUCAAUUUAAAGCAUGUGGAUUACGACGUGACGAUCAAUUUGAAGCUAUACCUCUAUUAUUAGAAGGAGAUGCUUAUUUAUGGUAUGCUGAAAAUAGUGAUGCAAUACUUAAUUUUGAAAUAUUUACCAAGUUAUUUUUACAACAAUACAAAUCAACAGCAUCAUCACCAACAAGUUCUACAGUGGGUACGAGAGCAUUGGUUACCUCAGUACCUGAUCAUACGUCUACAUCACAUUUACAACGAACUGUAGCAGAUGAAAUUAUCAAACGACCAACAUAUUUUCGUGGCUCCCAAGAUGAUGUACAUGAAUGGUUGGACAAAUUAGAACAACGAUUUUCAAUGGCACAAUGGAGUGAUGCAAAUAAAUUACAUUAUAUAUCCAUACAUUUAUUAGAAGAUGCUUAUCGAUGGUGGAUGCAAACAUCUUCAACAAUUAAUACUUGGUCUUCAUUUACAAAUGCAGUUACAAGAGCUUUUGGUUCAACACGUGCACAAGAACUAGCAUUUGAACAAUUAAAAUGGUACAAACAAACAAUUAAUCAAUCCAUUGCACAAUAUUAUGAUAAAAUUAUUGAAUUAUGUAAGAAAGUUGAUCCUGCAAUGCCUGAUUCUUUGAAACUCAAAUAUUUGAUGGCUGGAAUUAAAGAAUCAUUAAAAACACACGUUGCAUUACAAGAUCCCAAAACAACAGAAGCAUUUCUAUCAUCAGCAAGAAAAAUUGAAGAUAUUUUUGCACUUAAUGAUACAAACAAUGAAUUAAUUCCACUUGCUACAUUAAAUGCAACUACUUAUCAAGGUCAACAAAAUCAAACAAAUCCUACACGAACAUCAAACAAUAUUUUUAAUCAAAGCAAUCCUCGAUAUACAAAUACAACAGAUACUCGUUCAACUUAUUAUCAAAAUACGUCAGCUGGAAAUAAUGCACAUCAACAAAAUAAAUCUUCAAAGUUUACGAGACCGACACGACGAUCGAAUGCUUGUUAUACUUGUGGUACUCCUGGCCAUUAUGCCCGGGAUUGUACCCGUUCACAUUUUCAAUAA